AUGAGUUUAUCGAAAGUGUUUCGGCACACUAAAAUACCUUCGGUAGGAAGUCUCGUAUCGUCCUUAUCCAACGGGAUACGCGUCGCUACUGAAAAUACACCUGGUCACUUUUCGGCUGUAGGUGUGUAUGUGGACGCAGGUUCAAGGUAUGAAACACCUCAGACCACCGGAGUAAGCCACAUUUUAGAUCGAAUGGCAUUUAAGGGUACAACGACUCACACAAGUGAACAAACUCAAGCUAUUUUAGAGUCGUUAGGUGGUAAUGUUAUGUGUGCCAGCGGUCGUGAAGCUAUAAUGUACCAAUCUGCCAUAUUUAGUCAAGAUUUAUCAAAGGUUAUAGCACUUUUUGCUGACGUGAUUCGCAAUCCGCUUAUCGACCCAGCUGAAGUUGCUGAACAACAACAAACAGCUCUUUAUGAAAUUCAGGAAAUUUGGCAAAAACCUGAAAUGAUUAUGCCAGAAUUGCUUCAUACGGUUGCUUACAAGAACAACACUUUGGGAAAUCCAAUGUUAUGCCCGGAAGAAAGAUUAAAUACAAUUACUCCUGAGCUUAUAAGAGAUUAUAUGUCAAUAUGGUAUCGUCCUGAGCGAAUAGUCGUAGCUGCCGUUGGAGCAAAGCACGAAGAUGUUGUAGAAUUAGUUAACAAGCAUUUUG